AUGCUUUCAAAUAUCAUCGCUAAAAACUUCAAAAGCGCCGCCUAAUUCAACAAGGUUGCUUGCUCGACUUUCUCAACCUGGUCAACAUUAGAAGCUGCACCACCCGAUCCAAUUCUCGGUUUAAAUGAAGUAUUCAAAAAGGAUCCAAAUCCAAAGAAAGUCCUUUUAGGAAUGGGAGUUUACAGAGAUAAUGAAAACAAGCCAUAUAUCUUAAACUGCAUUAGAAAGGCUGAAUAAAUCAUAAUUGACAGAAAGAUGGAUCAUGAAUAUGCUGGCAUUCAAGGUAUUGAUUCAUUUAUAGCCAAUGCAUUAAAGCUUGCAUAUGGAGCUGAUAGUCAACUUCUUAAGGAUGGAAGAGUUGCUGGAGCAUAAUCAAUCUCAGGAACUGGUUCAAUAAGAUUAGGUUUUGAUUUCCUUUCACAAUUCUACCCUAACAAACAAGCUGAAGUCCUUGUACCAAACCCAACUUGGCCAGUUCACAGGACCAUUCCAGGUAAAGUUGGAAUGAAAGCUGUUUAAUAUAGAUAUUACGAUCCAAAGACCAGAGGUCUUGAUUUCUAAGGUCUCUAAGAAGAUCUUGACAAAGCAAAGAACGAUUCAAUUGUUCUUUUCCACGUCUGUGCACACAACCCAACUGGUGUUGAUCCAACUCCAGCUCAAUGGAAAGAUAUUCUUGAAGUUGUUAAGAGAAAGAACCACUUUGUUUGUUUUGAUUCCGCAUAUUAAGGAUUUGCCUCAGGAGAUCUAUAAAAGGAUGCCUAUUCACUUAAUCUUUUCACUUCAGAAUAUGAUAGAAUCAUGCUCUUCCAAUCAUUUGCCAAGAAUUUCGGUAUCUAUGGACAAAGAGCUGGCUGCCUCUCACUUGUCACUGGCAGCAAGAAGGAGACAGAGGUUGUAAUGUCAAGAGUAAAGGAAUUGGCAAGAGCCUUUUACUCAAACCCACCUAUUCAUGGAGCUAGAUUAGUUGAUAUUGUCCUUAGCGACCCUGCCUUGACAAAUGAAUGGCACAGUGAAUUAAAGGUCAUGUCAGGUAGAAUGGCAACUAUGAGAACAGGGCUUGUAGAAAAUCUUAAGGCUAGAGGCAGCUAACAUAGCUGGAGACAUAUCACCGAUCAAAUUGGUAUGUUUGCUUACACUGGUCUUACAAAGGAGAUGGUUGAUGAACUUAGAGCUAAAUACUCCAUCUAUAUGUCUGGUGAAGGUAGAAUUUCAAUCUGUGGUCUCAACACCCACAACUUAGAAUAUAUUUCAGAUGCUUUCCACGCAGUUACUAAGGACAAAUAGAUUUGA